AGAGUGGGGAAACCCGGAAGUUGAAUAACCCACAUGAUCGAUCAGCUGUUGGCUAUCACACGAUCAUGAUGAACUGACAGGAGAGCUGUUGAAGCGAUGAUCGUCGUGUUGAUGGGCGUUUGUGGGUGUGGGAAAACAUCUGUUGGACAGGCGCUUGCAGAAAAGCUGUCCUGGGAGUUUGCAGAUGCUGAUUUGUUCCACCCAGAUGUCAACAAACAGAAGAUGUCUGCUGGAGUGCCACUUACAGAUGAGGACAGAUAUCCAUGGCUGAGAAAACUGCACACUUUAAUUUGCAGUUGGGCAUCUGAAGGGAGAUCUGGUGUUCUCGCCUGUUCUGCUCUUAAGAAGUCUUACAGAGAAGUCUUGACAACUGGUCAAGUUCCUCAGGAUCCAAGCACUUCAAGUGUGUCUCCACGUAUACCUCAUCAACACUCUGACUCUCCAAGACCAAAUGUCCUUUUUGUAUAUCUGAAAGGGAGUAAAGAUGUGGUCAGGAGUCGGCUGGAGAGCAGGACUGGACACUUCAUGCCGGCGGGUCUACUGGACUCCCAGUUUCUCACACUGGAGGAACCUGAUGAAUCUGAAAACAGCGUGUCUGUUGAGAUAGCACAACCAUUGAUGGCUGUAGUAAUGGACAUUUACCAAAUCAUUGUGGAGUUGAUAUAAAGUGUUUUAAGAGUAGAGUUGAGGACUGGACACUUCAUGCCGGCGGGUCUACUGGAUUCCCAGUUUCUCACACUGGAGGAACCUGAUGAAUCUGAAAACAGCGUGUCUGUUAAUAUAGCACAACCACUAAUGGCUGUAGUCAUGGACAAUUACCAAAUCAUUGUAAAGUUGACAUGAAGUUGGCAAUAGAAAAGGAUAGAGUUAAGAGUUGGAGGCAAAAACAGGAAAGUCAAACAGAUAAAUAAGCUUAUCUUUCUAGUAUAUUGUAUUCUACUGUAUUUAGGUUAAAGUCCAACUCUCAUACCAAUUCAGUUUGUUGGCUCUUAGAUCUUUUUAGAACAAAUAAGGACCAAAACAGCAAAA